AAAGUGAGACCCUGUCUCAAAAAAAAAAAAAGUGUUUGAGCAGGGCUGGAGGCCCUGGGUGGGACAGGGAAAUGUUUCUCCAAAGGGCAGCUGACCUUCCUGUCCCUGGUCCCCUCCUACUGCCUUUCCGUAUCCUUGCACUUCUGUCUUUGGCCCUGGGGAGCGUCUCUGGUGAACUUGGAGAUCCGGUGACCAGCCCCCUCCCACUGAAGUGGCUAGUGGGGGCAGACCAGACUAGACCUCACGAGAGACCAGCUCUACCCCCACCUCCUCUGCCAGCUGACACCUCCUGGCCUCCUGCUAAAAACAGUCGGUCCCAGGGGGACUAUGGGUUUUCAGGCCCCCCCCUCCACGUCCAGGCAGGUAUUAAAGAGGCCGAGGUCGGGCCAGACCGGCUGGACAUCAUGCUAUUCACCGAGACUGCUCACUUCGUGGUGAAUUUUCUUCUAUCCCGGCGGCCCCGGGCCACAACCCCACACCGCCUGGACAAGGAGUUGUGUUUCUGGGGCAGUCGGGGCCCAGUGUUGCCGGUGUCCGCCGCCCGCCGCAGCGUGGGCGACUACUGGCUGAGCCCGCAGCGCCGCCACCCUCCGGGCGCCGCCUGGCGCUGGCCGGCACGCAAACUGCUACUGCUGCCCGGGGACACAGGCCUGGCCGACGUGCCCUCGGCAAGCUGGCCCAGCUGCUACGGCGCACGCCCGAGACUCACGUGGAAGCACCGUUGGCAGAAUAUUAACUACUAUUUUCUGGGCAAAAGGAAGAGACACCUAGUUCCCUUGCGCCCGUGAGAGCCGGGACUUGGGGAGACAGGCUUCAGGCUCCAUCACAUGAUCAUCCUGGGGCUGACCUGCACCAAGGCUGGCUGAGAAGGAAGAUGGCCUGGACACGCGGCGUGAUCCAGAGUCCCCUCUGUGGAUGAAGAUGAGUCCCCUCUGCCCUCCCUCCUGAGAUCUCUGUGGUUCUGCCCUUCAUUUUCCAAAUAAAUUCUCUGCAACCUCA